CACCACAAGCUCCUGCUGAACUGGCUCCGACGGCCCAAACCACGCGGCGGACUCGGUGGUGAGUUCGCGCCGACUUCCCUUCUGGGCCAUGCUCCUGGCAUUCGUCAAGGACAAGUGGCCCAUACUCGCCGUCUGCCUCAUCUUUGGCGGCCGCCAGUACAGCAAGCACAUGACCGGCGUCGCCGUGCGGUCCGUUACGCCGGCGCAGGAGUUGGUGACGCUGAAGAAGCAUGCGAUGAGCGAGCACCAGCUGAGCAGCCUCAGGAGCCACCUCGAGGCCGCGCUGCCGUCGCUGGAGGGGCAAUACCUCGGCCGGGGCUUCGCCAACACCCGCGGAUUUGUGUUGAAAUUCAACACGCAAGGCGCCGCGAAGCUCCGCGACCCUGACUUUAUGAACGGCACGUACUCCUUCCUCUCGCCGUUCUUCGAGACUUUCCGCGACCCCGCGGCCAACGCCUUUGUCCUCAACGCGCUCGUCGUCCCUGCGGGCGGCAGUGCCGACGAGGCCCGCGACCCUGCGGUGGGCCUCCACGUGGACAACACUGUCGGGAUCGACUCGGUACGCCUCUUCCUCGCGCACUCCGUCUCUGUCCUCUACGUCACGGUGCCGGACGGGAUGGAGGGCGGCCAACUCAAGCUCUGGUCGUACUCCAACAAGCCCGAGUCGGCGGCAGAGCUUGCCGCCCCGGAGGGGAGCGUCUCUCCCGAGGAGGGCAUGCUGGCCGUCUUCCGAGGCGACUCGUACCACCUCGUCGACAGCUGGCGGCUGCGCGAAGGCGGCGGCGGGGGCGGCGGCGAGGGCGGCGGCGGGAGCGGGCACGGCGGCGGCGGCGGCGGGGGCGAGCGCUCGAGGCUGAGCUUGGUGCUCGAGGCGUACCAGCUGGACGAGAGCUUCUACAGCGCGACAACAGAGUUUGAAGUGAACCGCAACCACGACCACCGCGUCUACGCGACCGAGGUGCGGCCGCUGCUGCUGCAGUUCAACGACCUGACCAAGUGGUGCCUCCGCGCGCUUCUUGGCAUGACUUGCUGGCUCAGUGUGGAAGCAUGGACGAAGCGCGGGCGGAAGCCGGAGACGGCCAAGAGCGAGACGCUCGAGCAGAAGCAGGCGCGCAUCCUGCGCGAGCGUGGCGAGCGAGGUGGUUCGGCGCCAGGCAAGGCGAAGGGCGCGGCGCAGCCUGGCGCCACAAGGGUGGGCAGCAGCGCGAAGAAGCGCCGCUGACGAGCGAUUAUCUGGACAGCGGGGUCGACAAGGGCCGCCGGCCGCGCGCAGCUAGAGUCGGGGCAAGGAGGCGGCGCACAGCGGCGCUCCUAGCCUCGGCUCUCGCGCACUGGCAAUGCUGCGGAUGCGCGUAAAGUUACACAUGGACAUGGCUUGCUUGGGAUGUCUGAUCCAUCGCUAGUUUCCUGACGCAACUGGGUCGUUGUAUGUGAAAUGUGUAUAGCCUCCCCUCUCUCGCUGCAUGUGGAUAUGUGCAUACGUUAGCGAGCCGCAGUGCCUGGUACAAGUAGAGGUAGGUAGAGUCUAGAGAGUAAAUAACGUGUCAGCACGAUGAGAAA